GUCUAUGUGUGUGUAGCCAACCUGAUUGAUGCUGUCUGGUCAAAAAGAGUAGGACAUUGUUGCCACCGGUAGCAGACCGUUUGUUUCAUCAAUAUGAAAGAGAGGAGGAUGGCUUUGGCAUUUCUCUAGAAGCAGACCUAGGGUGAAUCAACAUGUUUUUUCUACUUGCACACACACAGACAUAAAUAAGACGAUAGAUAGGAGUGAUUAUAAAAUUUGGGCAAAUGUAUUUCCAUUAACUUCGCUAUUGGACCCACAGCUAUGCCACUUCUCUCCUGCUCUAUUGUUUUUCAUAUCAACUUUCUUUCGUUUUCCGUUUUCAUCUCCGUCGCAUAUGGAACUGCGUUAUCAGGUGCACUUUUUUAGAAUGGGGUUUUCCCGCAAAUUGCAUUUUGCCAAAGGUUUAAAAACGGUCUGCUUCCUUACAGGAGUUGCAUGUUCUGUUAAUAUGCAUUACCAUAAUCUAAAUGUGAUUUCUGUCAUUCUGAGCACCGCGGGCGGACGCCCUAUAUGGAUCCGGCAAAUUUCUCAAAUGGCCAGUAGGCUAAAUUAAAAUCUGUUGUUCAGGGCCACAUUUCCUGAACGAAAACCCUGAUUCACACUAGUGCUGUUUUAAAUGUUGCAGAUGGAAAUGUGAUAUAUAGAGCUUACAAUUCUAUCUGACAGUCAUUCCUGUUGUACACAUUUCUAUUUGAAUUUUCUGUAAUGUUGCUCCCUUCUAAAUGAGCCCCUGAGCCAGUAACUCUGUUCCUGUCUUCAUUACAAUUGACAGCACAGACUGAUAGAUACCAUGGUAACAUCAUUAGAAGAAUUGACCUCCAGGACUGGACUGAUACCAUGGUAACAUCAUUAUCAUCAUUAGAAUAAUUAACAUCACAGACUGAACUGAUACCAAGGUAAUACAUACCCGAAGCAUCCAUCACCCUCACACACUGUUGUAUUUAGCCUGCCCUGUGGUACCAUCUCUCUCACAUUCUACAAGGUGUUGAAGUACACCAACAUGAUGUCUUCAACAGGAUGUCCUGAGAUACAUUUAAACAACAGAUACAGUACCAGUCAAACGUUUGGAUACACCUACUCAUUCAGGGGUUUUUCUACAAAGUAAAAUAAUAGUGAAGACAUCAAAACUAUGAAAUAACAAAUAUAGAAUCAUGAAGUAACCAAAAAAGUGUUAAACAAAUCUAAAUAUAUUUUAUAUUUGAGAUUCUUCAAAGUAGCCACCCUUUGCCUUGAUGACAGCUUUGGACACUCUUGGCAUUCUCUCAACCAGCUUCACCUGGAAUGCUUUCCAACAGUCUUUAAUGAGUUCCCACAUAUGCUGAGCACUUGUUGGCUGCUUUUCCUUCACUCUGUGGUCUGACUCUUCCCAAACCAUCUCAAUUGGGUUGAGGUCGGGUGAUUAUGGAGGCCAGGUCAUCUGAUGCAGCACUCCAUCACUCUCUUUCUUGGUCAAAUAGCCCUUACACAGCCUGGAGGUGUGUUGGGUCAUUGCCCUGUUGAAAAACAAAUGAUAGUCCCACUAAGCCCAAACCAGAUCGCUGCAGAAUGCUGUGAUAGCCAUGCUGGUUAAGUGUGCCUUGAAUUCUAAAUAAAUCACUGACAGUGUCACCAGCAAAGCACCCCCACACCAUCACACCUCCUCCUCCAUGCUUCAUUGUGGGAAAUACCGUUCACCCACAACACAUCUCACAAAGACAUGGCAGUUGGAACAAAAAAUCUCAAAUUUGGACUCAUCAGACGAAAGGACAGAGUUUCACCGGUCUAAUGUCCAUUGCUAGUGUUUCUUGGCCCAAGAAAGUCUCUUCUUAUUGGUGUCCUUUAGCAGUGGUUUCUUUACAGCAAUUGACCAUGAAGGCCUGAUUCACAGUCUCCUCUGAACAGUUGAUGUUGAGAUGUGUCUGUUACUUGAACUCUGUGAAGCAUUUAUUUGGGCUGCCAUUUCUGAGGCUGGUAACUCAAAUGAACUUAUCCUCUAGAGUAGAGGUAACUCUGGGUCUUCCUUUCCUGUAGCGGUCCUCAUGACAGCCAGUUUCAUCAUAGAGCUUGAUGGUUUUUGCGAUUGCACUUGAAGAAUCAAAGUUCUUGAAACAUUCCGAAUUGACUGACCUUCAUGUCUUAAAGUAAUGAUGGACUGUCAUUUCUCUUUGCUUAUUUGAGCUGUUCUUGCCAUAAUAUGUACUUAAUAAGUAAGGUUAUCUUCUGGUCAUCUUCUGUAUAGCACCCCUACCACAACUGAUUGGCUCAAAUGCAUUAAGAAGGAAAGAAAUUCUACAAAUUAACUUUUAUCAUAGCACUCCUGUUCAUUGAAAUGCAUUCCAAGUGACUACCUCAUGAAGCUGGUUGAGAGAAACCCUGGCCAAUAUAAAAUACAUUUUGAUUUGUUUAGAAAGAAAAAGAAAAACAAUGGAAUGAGUAGGUGUGUCCAAACUUUUGACUGGUAUUGUACAUUUUCUCAGAAAACUGGAAAAAGACUACUCUCUUUCAUGGAAAUAAAAAGUAUUUUGAGAAGUUUUUUUGGAAUUGUGCACAAAAUGAAAAUUUGGUUUAAUGUUGCGUAGCUUACAGUUUCAGAAUUAAACUCUAAAGAAGGAUAGACUUCUUGAGAAAGGGGAAGAAAUAAACUUAGCAAUGCGUCAACAUUUAAACCACCAUUUAUACCAUAUAACAUUUAUACCGAAAACUAGUCAAAACAAAAUAUAGAUCAGUUAGAAGCCACUUUCAGUUAACAGUCCGCUAUUUAAUGUGUCUUAGUUGGAAGGCAGGGAAGGAAAUACACAGGAAGUUAGAAGUGAGAAAUAAGAGUGUUUGACAGUUCUCAGCUUGUACAACAAUAUUUUUUAGACAUUCAGUAAAACUCUUCCCUUCUCUUAACCACAGGCAUACAGUUCUGUUUUCACGCAUUAUCUGGUAUCUUCACACCUUGCAAAGGCAUGACAACACUGUCACUUCACUCUGCACCAUUGUUUCUGGUAAACAAUAUUAGCUAUAAGAGUAAGCAAACUACUGCUCUCUAGUCAUGCAUAGUAUCAGGAUUAUAUCAUGUUAUAUGUGGAGAACAUGCUCGUUCAGUGAGAUGAUAUGAAUGUGACAUGGUGGGUGGAUUUGGCACCACCAUUUUAGGACGUGUUACACAAUUAAGUGCAAUGCUCUCAUCAAGUAUAUUAGUUACUCAGAGUAAGAAAUCGGUGGUAAGACUAAAUACGGUAAUUAUAGAUGACAGCGCUUACUCUUACUCAGGCUGUGUGUGUUACUUCUAUACACAUGAACUCAUAGGGGAAAGUGGAUGGAAUGACGAGGGAGGGGAGAAGAGGGGGGUGAUGAGGAGGAGGGGGUGUGGCUUGAAUUAGAAGCUUUCACUCUUCACAACUCUUUCACAAGCUGUCACAGGAUGUCUCCGAGUGUGUGUCAGGGGGCAACAGAACAGAGUGUGUGUGUCUGUGACAGAGAGAGAGCACCCAGGUGUGUGUAUUUAACGUAAGGAGGAGGAAGAGAGAAGUUCGGAUCUAUCGUUUGGAGAUAAAUGUUACUCACUGUGGAAAAGAAGAGUAUUAAAACUAAUUUCAGCCAGGGUUUCACCCUGCCAGAGCAACAAUGACGUCAAAUGUGAAGCUGAGAAAAGUGGGUGUUCUAGACUAUGACACACAAAUCAAAGAGGUGCGUUGUCAGUUGUUGGACCAGUUGAAGGUGUUGGACCUGCAAUUGGAGCAGAAAUCUCAGCAGCUUCAGGACCUGACAGACUACCUGCGAAGACGCAGUGAGAUAGAAGGGGAGUAUGCACGCUCGCUUGACAAAUUGUCUGAGAGGUUCACCUCCAAAAUCAAAAGGAAGGAGCCCUGUAGUGGCCAGUCUGUGGCCCAGUGUUGGCUGGUGCUCUUGGCUCAGACCAGACAGGAGAGCAGAGACCACAGUGGUCUGAGUGAAAUCUGUAGGACCACCCUAACCGAGCCCCUUACUCACUGUCUGGACAUCACACAGCGCCUGGCCAAGAGGAGUAAAGAUGUCUGUACCCAGUUACAGGAUGGUCUACUGAAAGUCACCACAGAGCUACAGACAGCAUGGAGGACCUACUACCAGUACCAUUCAGAUUAUGUGUCUGCAGAGGGAAAGCUGAAGGAAGCAGAGAAACAGAAACAAGGCGCUUCUAAGAAGAUAGAGAAAAGACAGUGUAAAGUGCAGGAGAUUCAGCUGAAGUGCACCAAGGCUCGAAACGACUACCUCCUCAACCUAGCUGCAGCCAACGCUUCCAUGAACAAGUACUAUCUCCAGGACAUCUCCUCACUCAUAGAUUGUUCAGAUGUGGGCUACCACCUGUCUCUGUCCCGUGUGCUGUUGGCCUACCUGUCCAGCCGGUCCUGGGAUCAGCAGAACUUGAGUGUAGGGCUGCAGCAGCUCCAAAGUGCUGUGUCUGGACUGGACCAGAGUCAGGACAGAGACAACCUGCUACAGACACACACCAACAGCUUCUGUCUGCCCCUCCGCUUCCACUUCCAGCCACACGACGGAGACCAGGUGUUUGAGGUGAGUGCAGAGCAGGAGAUUAGGGGUGAGAUGGAGACCAGGUUCCAACAGCUACAAUCUAAACUCACCGGGUUCAAACAGGAAACGGAGGAGGCAGAUAAGACUCUACGGGCGGCCCGCGUUACCCUGCUGGAAGGUAUCAGCGAUGAUGACCUAGAUCCUCCACCCUCCAGCAGCCAGACCCAGGGCUCCCAGGUCCAUCUUCAGUCCCCGUCUCAGAGCCAAGGUCAGGGGGGAAGCAAUGAAAGCCUGGCCAGCAGCAGUGGCAGACCUAGUCUGGCCAGACGCAGAGCCAACCUGCAGGAGACUGAGAUCCUCUACUGUACUAAAGUGAAGGAGUAUCUCUGUAAAAGCUCUCUGGUGUCCAAACUACAGGCUAAACAUGAUCUGCUUAAAGUGGCUGUAGAGAAAGCUGAAGCAACCAAUGGUCAUCAAGCCAGGUCAAGUUACAUUCCUCUUGGGAACUCCAGGAAGUCUGUUCGUGCGAGGAUGGAGGGUCAACCUAUAAUCCAGUUCACCCACAAACUCUUCACUGGAGACAUGCUCUCGUUCAUAAAGGCAUCGGGCCAAGAGAUCCCAGUGGUUGUGGAAAGCUGCAUUCGCUUCAUCAACCUCAAUGGUCUCCACCAUGAGGGUAUCUUCAGAGUACCAGGGUCUCAGGCCGAGGUCAACAGUCUGAGAGAUGCGUUUGAGAGAGGAGAGGACCCCCUGGCAGACAGCAGGUGUGACAUGGACUUAGUUGCAGGAGUACUGAAGCUCUACUUCAGAACCCUGGAGAACCCUCUCUUUCCUCAGGACAGCACCAGUCAGCUCCUGGAGUACGCAGAGAUUGAUAACGAGACAGAGAGAGCAGCUCAACUCAAAUCGGUCAUCUCCUCCUAUCCUCCACCUGUCAUCAUCGUCAUGAGAUACCUCUUUGCAUUCCUCCAUCAUGUAUCCCAGUACAGCGAUGAGAACAUGAUGCAGCCCUAUAACUUAGCCGUGUGCUUCGGCCCCAGUCUGGUGCGAGGGUUGCAGGAUGAGGAUGUUGUUACUCUGCAGCCUCAGAUCAACUCUCUGGUGAAGGGCCUCAUUUUGCAGCACGAGAGCAUCUUCCCCAGCCCGACCGAGCUACAGGGACCGGUGUAUGAGAAAUGCAUGACGCUGGAGCAAGACGACUGUGAGGAGGGAGAAGGGGAUUCAGAAAUCCUCAGUAAAGAGUCCGAGUCAAAGGGAGAGCGAUCUCGAUCCAAUAGCAGCUGCAGUUCCAGACCAUCCCCAGCAGGAGGGAGUGUGUCCCUUGGAGAAAACUUCACCAUACAGAUCCCCAUGGCAGGCCCCGCCUUACACGGCAGGCCCCGCUCCCCCCGCUACAUACGCAAAGAAGUCCAGGACCUGUCAUCCAGUGAAGAUAUAACAGUUCAGGUUGACAAGGAGGUCUGCCACCAGAUGAGCUCUGUCUUCAAGGAGCUUAUCGCUCGACAAUCAUUCCCUCCUCCAUCCUCCUCCACCCCCCCGGUCACCUCGUCCCGCUCUUCCAAACCUCCUCCAGAGCAGAAGAAAGGAGGGGUCGGGCGCAGAAGGGAAAGACCUGUUUAGAUCUGACCAACUGGACUGGUAAAAAGAGAGAGGGGACCAGAAAGAAUUAAUGGCUCGAUGGAUGAAUAAAUGAAUGAGAGGGAAUGAAAGGAAGGAGAGAGACGAAAGAGUCAAGAGACUUAGACAAGAUGACACAGUGUAGGAUGACAGGUUGUGACAGCAGCCUUUGACAGUGGGAUUACAGAUGGCUGGGUUACAGGAACCGCAGUCAGUUCACUGUACUGUAUGAGUCUGCUCAGACAGCAGCCUUCAUUGUGAAGCCUGUGAGUGGACAGUCACAGACAAAAGGGUUUGACUCCUACUGUGAAGCCUUUUGUUAGUGUGUUUGAUACAACACACCCCAAUGACCCCCAAUCUGAUUUUCACUGUAGGGCUGCGUCCCCAUUCUCCACACUUUUCCCAAAGUGUGCACUUGCACAGUCCCCGCCAUGGAACUGAAAAGCAUUGGAUUGUAAGCUUUAAGGGGAUUCUUGCUAUUGCAAGUGGACAGACAGGUUUUGAUUUCCACUGUGAAGCCUUUUUUUUGGUUAGCCUGAUCCCAGAUCUGUAUGUGGGACCAGGCUGUGUUUGAUAGAACCACAGUGACACACUCCAGUGACCCCAGUGACUUUCAAUGCUACACAGUCAAUGGCAGAUUGAGUUGGUAUAUCAAAACUUAUUUUGUACACUAUUAUCAGUGCUGUUUGUAUUCUAUGCUCUUGUGGUUAUGGGCCUAUGGAGGCCCUCUAUGCCCAAUGUGUGCAAUGCCAACACCAAGACAAGCGCUCACUAUCUGAUUUGGUCAGUUCACGGUUCAUGUUUGGGUAGGCCUAUAAUUACGAACGUUCAACGGCCAUAUGGUCUUUAUCAUAGAGAUCCUAUAAGACAUAUGUUCUAUCAACUUUUAUCAGAUGAAAUGUCCAUUUUUAACCUGUACCAGCAAGAUCUCCUGUCUGUGAGUCAUUGAGCUACUGAUAACGAUGAACUUUUAAAUGUUGUAUUGCUAUUUUUAUAUCGUUUUCUGGAUCUGAUGAUUGUUUGAAUAAAUGUUUGUUGAAUUUGUUCAGAAUA